UUCAGGCCACCAUGGGACGCCACCUACCCGAACAAAAUGGCGCACCACCAUGGUCACGGUGGUGGAUGCAGCGGUGGAGAUGAUCAUGAUUUGCACGAUCACGAUAAGCCCGAUUUAGGAAUAGAAUACAGCCUUUAUUCUAAAAUAGACCUGGAGAACCUUCAGUGCCUCAACGAAGAAACUGAAGGAUCGGGAAAACUUGUGUUCAAACCAUGGAACGAAAGGUUUGACGCUGACAAGUACGUAGAGAGUGACGCAGACGAAGAGCUCCUAUUUAACAUCCCGUUUAGCGGUAAUGUCAAAUUAAAAGGCAUAAUCGUCAUGGGUGGUGAAGGUGGUUCCCAUCCGUCCAAGAUUAGGAUAUUUAAGAAUAGACCUCAGAUGACAUUUGACGACAGCCAGGCUGCUGCGGAUCAAGAAUUUGACCUGCACCCUGACAGCCAGGGUACACUGGAGUACCCCGUCAAAGUGGUCAAGUUCUCGAGUGUCUACCAUCUCUCCCUCCACUUCCCAAGUAACUUUGGAUCUGAGACUACAAAGAUCCUGUACAUAGGCCUCAGAGGGGAAUAUACUCAAGCCAGACGGCAAGAAAUUAUGCUGUGCAGCUACGAGCUGGCACCUAAUCCAGCAGACCACAAGACGGAGGCCUUCCAACCAUUGUCCAGGAGUGUUCAAUAGCGGGCCUUUCUUUUCUAUUUCUAAUAAAUAUGUUUAUUUCCAUAAUAUAA